AUGAAACUAAAGUCUCGAAGUCGGGUUAAGCGAGCGUUUAUGAUUAUUACUAAAGAAGUUUACACCGAGAAGCCCAACAGUCUUAUCACCAAAAUCGACAAAUAUAUUGAAUCGAUUGUAUUUUGCUUGAGUGCGUCAAAUUGGAGGCAAGUAUAUACCUAUGCUAGUAGUCGAGUCAAAGCUUUGAAACAUGAGCAUGGCUUCCAUCAAGGGAUGGAAGCCGCCCCAACGUCAUUAGCGAACUCUCCAUCCCAAGCUGGGCAUGAUUCUGUGCUUUAUAAGUUGGACGUAAUCGCAUUACAGUACCUGGACAGCCAUAGGCUCCAAGAGGUUUUGACAGAUUUCAUGUCUUGGUGUCCCAAUACACAUAAACCUAUUCAUCGCCACAUAAUGGAGUAUUUCAUCCAACACAGCAUGAUUUAUUGGAUCCAAUGCCAUCCAGAAACAGUGGCCAGGGAAUCGGAAAACCCAUCUGGGGAACUUCGCGCUCAAAGCACUCGUCUUUUUGAUUAUUUAUUCAAAAGCUCGACAGAAAAUAGAACGUUUGUAUCGUGGGCAUUUCUAUCCAUGCUAAGCUUACUAAUUCCUGAUGGAUUCCAAAUAGCUGUAGCUGGCUACAAUGAAAGUGAUGGUGAAGCGAUCAAAAGCCCUCGGUUCCAAUUUUUGGAACUUUUGCAUAACAUGAGCAGUGACAUGAUGGUAAUUGCCCCUCAAUCCUCAUCUGUAUCGGUGGGGUCAGUCACAUCUCAGAGAACUCUGGGAAUUUGCGCCACAUGUUAUUCAAUAUUUGCAUUAGCUGCUUCAAACAUCAUGCAAAUCCAUGAACAUGUUUUUAGCCAACUGCCGAUUGUAGAGUACGCGACCCUGAUUUAUCCGUCAUUGCUUAAUAUUUUAUUCAACCAGAUGGACAGUAUUCCUUCGUUUGCAAAAAUUGAUUAUUUGCAAUCAAGAUUCAUUAGUUCGUAUCUCGUUUUGCGGCCCGGUGAUGCAAUGAAGGAUCUCAUUGGAAAUCUUCCCAACCCGUCAUUUGCAUUACGAUCCAAAAGAAAUAUCAUUGUCGGUCUCAGGAGCAUGCAGAGCCGGGCUGAAGGAGGAGAAAUCCUGAAUAUGGUCAUGAAUCUCUACAAUUAUGAAUUCAUUGCUUUCUGUGAACUGAUAGCAACAAAGCUUCAGGAAUUUGAAGAGAUAUCAGACUAUGGUAGUGAGUUUAGUCUUCAUGUCGAAGCAUUAAAGUACGCACUUGAUAUCCUUCUCACCCAUAGUCAGCACGCUUUCGACCAAGUGCCUGAAUCAUUUUCUACAGCAAUAAUAAAAUGCUCUACAAGCAAGAAUGAGCUUCUACGCACGUCCGUUACACAAGUGCUACUUUCCUUCGUUAAGCGACAGACAGGACAAUCAGAGGGUGAUAGAAUUGACAAUGAGAUCAAGGAGAGGGUCUCGCUUGAUGAAACUGGCCAUAUUUUAUUCCCCAUUUAUGACGGCAUCUCUAUGAAUAUUAGAUCGUCAGUGGAAGCGAUAAUAUCAAUGCCUCUGACUUCAAAACAAUUGGAAAAGGAGUUAAUGAAAGUGCACGAGCUCUUAACAUCGAGAGAUAGCAUCAAUAAUUCUUAUUCAUUUAGGGACAAUGUUAUAGAAGAUCCUCAGAAUCGCCUGGCUUUAGGGGAAGGACUGGAGACUGCUAUGGUACUUUGUUUGUGUUCGUCGAAUAUGGACAUAUGUAAACUGGCAAUGGCUAAUAUUCGACUGAUGGUUCAAGAAGCCAUGCUCCUCGAAGAUUUUGAAAAUGUUCAGGAAUCAAGUUGGUCUAUUAUGCUCAACUUCCAUGUGUAUUCUGAAAUAUCAUCUCAGACAUCAUUUUACACCCCGAUUGCCAUCCAAAAGAAGCUUUGCCGCUUAUUUCAAACUGUACAUACUCCAUCUGAUGCAUUGAUCAGAGUUUGGACGGUAAUCCACGGCCGCUGGUCCGUGCUCAAUGCUCAAAUGCUAAGUGAACCAACCAGAGGUUCUGAUUUCUCAUCUAUGUCAAAGGAAUGGAGAUGUUACUAUGGCAUACUCAGCUCACUAUUAAUUCCACUCUUGAACCCAGAAGGUGGUGUGAAAGUAAAAGACAAUGUCCAUUUCAAGGCAAGGCAGUUUUUGUACGAUUCUGUGAAUUUCCUGGUUUCAGACUCUGCUAUCGUCCGUGAGACAAGUCGUGAAGUUUUGGCCAAUGACGUCGGCCCAUUAGCUUACCAUCACGUUUUGAAGCAGUUGUCAGGAAUGAUAGAUUCCCAUAUCAUGGUAGUUAUGGACAGCCAAGAAAACGGUUCUCAUAAUGAGAGCUCGGCUCAAGAUAAACCUCCUUUGCCACCUCGUCCGUCAUCUUUUAUUGCCACAAAAGUCAAUUCCCUCAACACGCUUUUAGGACAAACCUCGCUAUUAGUUCGAAGUAUUAUUGAACAGUUACAACAGGAUGAUAUCUACAUAUCAGUUGAUAUUGGAGCGCUGGCACUGAAAAUCGUGCGUUAUAUCAAUACAACAAAUUUCGAUAUGGAGAUUUUGAAGCUGGUUUUAAGGGUGUGUCAGCUUUUGGAAACAAUUGGUAAGACUGCAGAAUCAUUGAAUAUGAAGCAUGAUUCUCGUAUUCGCAACGAACUAGUUAUGAGCGUAUCUGAAUGGUUUGAGCGAGCAAUUAAUUUUGACUGUCACAAUGCUGUUGAGAAUAAGCUAGUGGCCGAGAAAUGCCGGCUUGUUAGAGAGAUUUGUGUAAACACUUCGAAAUGUCUAUCCGAGUUAUUGAAUGGCCUUUCCAUUGAGGUUCCUGAUGGUGUUCAUGAAAGAGAUAUGAUCUCUGCAAAAUUUAACACUUUUAACAAUCUGUUCUCAUUGUUUCUCAGAAGCUUACAAAGGUGUAAAGAUGAUCCUCCUGUGAUUGUCCCCACAGUCUCUGACACUGUAUCUGUAACUUCCUCUACGUCUGCAGUUAACUCCGUAUCAUCGGUGCCUCUUCCUACCCCAUUCAGACUUCUUGACAAGGCACCAAUAAUUCGAGAGAACGCAAUUGCUUGCUUAUCAAAGCUAUUGAAUGCUAACGUAGAGGUGGGUCUGCGCACUGCGCUACCGUUGGGAUACCAUGAAGAUGAAACCCUCAGGCUAGCUUUCCUUGAAAUUUUCCGGAAUAUCCUAAGUAAGGAAACAAAGUAUACGUCUGAUUAUAGCGACAACCUUAGAUACGAGGAAUUGGUUGAUUUCUUGGUGUCCAAUAUCAGAAUCACUCUAUCUCUGUGUGACAUAUGCCCAGCAUCUGAAGCUGAUGAAUUUUCUACAGCUAUUUUGGGGGCUUUUGAGUUUAGAGGCAAAGGGUUCUCGUUAGUGAAAGCAGCCUUAACAAAGGAGAUAGAGCAAACAAACUUUGCUUCAGACAUUUUACGAAGAAAUUGUGUGGCGACGAAACUUCUCUCAUUGUAUUCAAAGUCGCGUGGCCAUCAGUACCUACAGUCGACGCUAGGGUCGUUUGUUAAUAAUAUUGCCAGCCGACCAGACCUGUAUGCCUUUGAGAUAGACAACAACAAACUGAAGAAUCCAGAUGAAGAGAUGAAGCCCAAUUUUGUAAAGUACGAACGCUGUCUUAACGAGUUGUUUACAGCACUUGAGUCUAGUGAAGCUUUGAUUCCAACUUCGUUCAGAGAAAUAGCGUCGGCUAUUAGUCGUGCUGUGUCUUUGAAAUUCCCGGAGUACAAGGAAAGCGCUGUUGGGAGCUUCUUUUUCUUAAGGUUUUUAUGUCCAGUUUUGGUUUCCCCUGAACAGGAGGGCCUGUUGUCUGCGCCACCGUCGCGAGACAUUAGAAGGUCUUUUUUACUGUUAGCAAAGGCAGUCCAAAACAUCUCGAACUGCACCUCUAUUGCUGCCACUCAUGGAUCUACUAGUCACGACGUUGAUGGGUUUGGCGGUGAUACCAAUGAUAAAAAGCAAAGAAUGCAAAGGUUUUUAAGCUCUCUCAGCUCUACUGAUGAGGACACUGAGGUGAUUAGCGAUGACACCUCCUCUCAGGGUUCUAUUAAUCCUAAAAUGAUGGACUCAGACCACCUCCGUGUUUUACACACAUUUGUAUAUAAUCACUGGGAUGAUGCUCAUCAUAAGAUUCUGAUCGAGCAGAGAAAGAGACGACUAAUGCGUGCUCAGUCGCCUGCUACAAAUGGAGCGACUAAUGGUAAUGGAGCUGAUAUAUCUAGGCUGAAGGGCAGUUUCUAUGAUGAGCUAACAUCGUCAGGCCAGCCACCACCACCUACGUCAUUUGCACCUACGUUUGGUCGUCGUACUCAUCAGCGUUCCCAGAAAUUCAUACCAGGUAACGUUUCCAACGGCUCAAAUAACCAUUAUCGACGGUCAUCAAGCUCGUCACAGAAUGGGGCUUUAGCUACGGCUGCCUCCGCGUCGGCAAUAGGUAUCGUCGGAGAAGUUGAGAUUGAGGCCAAUCGCAGAUUUUCAGCUCUAGUACGCAGUCUUGGUAGACCGCGAACACCAAAAGCUCGGAAAGCAACGGCUGUGGAGUCACGAAGUCACAUUAAUCCUGGUAGUCGGCUAAAUGAGUUUAUGGCUAGGAAUGAAGACCGCGAUCUCAGCACUGUAAUUGACCAAAGGGUAGUCCAUGAGGGCAUCGCAUUGGACGGUUCGCCAGUAAUGUUAGUCACCUACCGAAAUUAUGACCGAGAAAAAUUGGACAGUGAACUUGUCCUUUAUCGAUUCUUUCAGGUUGCAAACAGGAUGUGGUCAGACAAGUUUAGUCUGUUUUAUGAUUGUACGAGCUGUACUCCUUCACACUUGCUAUCAAACACAGUAAGAACAAUUAGAGAUACAAUGGUUCCACCCGAGAUGGCAGCAAACUGUACGACUGUCUAUUACUACAAUGUAUCUACGAAGUUUUUACCGGCAUUGAAGUCCUUUUUACGGAACUAUGAAUCUGGAACUUACAUGAAUCCCGUGAAUACAAAAUAUGUUUUCCUGACAACUGCAGAUAUCAACACUGUCUGUAAUGUUCACGGACUCAAUCUUGACCAACGCUCUGUCAAAGUCAUUGAUGAUGCUAGGUUGAUUUACCAGGGUGGAAAAAUGCUGUCUUCAGAUAAUAAUUUCUACCCUGUUACGGUCAAAGUUGGAAACGAGUACUUGCAACUUCAUGGUGAGAGGCCCUUUAAUUAUAUUAGAAAUUCACCAGGACUUUGCAAUGAUGUGUAUCAUUUAUCUGAAAUUCGAGAGAUUACUCAUUCCAGGACAACCUCGAGGCCAGAGGAGUUUACCAUCGAAAUGAUUGACGGCGAGAAGGUCAUUGUCCUUCAUAAAAAGAAGAAUGAGAUCAUUAGGGCCAUUAUGAACGCAAAAUCAAGAUUGCCAGAAGAGGCUCGGGAAGUUAAUGAUUCUCUGGUAAUGAACCUUGAAGAUGGCUUAGGUUGUUUCCUGAAUAUUGGUUUCUCGAAUCUUUGUUCAAACAAUUCUGCACUUCAGGAGGCAGCGUUUAACCUGCUUGCAAUGAUACCAGAGAGGUUCAAUAUCAGUUUUGGAAGAGAGAUAAGAGGAGGUAAAGGAUUUGGCAUUCCUAAGAAAGAGGUUAGUAUGUCAGUGGUAUUUAGUGAAGUGGUUGCUAGCACGCAUAUUGAAUUGACAUAUGACUUCCUUCUUGAGUUUAGCAAGUCAUUCAAAUCAUUCUCGAAAGAACAAGGUAAUAAUGCCAUACUUUACGCUGCUCCCUGGGUUAAAAAUAUUUAUAGCGCUCAAAGAGAAGGCGGAAAAGAUGCAGCGAGCCUUAUUAGGAUCUUUUUAGACAUUGCAGUUUGGAGCCCAGAUCAUUAUACCAGUUUAUUGUUGAACUUUUGGCCAGCUUUAUGCUUACAGGAAGAGCUUACGGAUAUUCUUGUUGACGAGGUAAUUCGAUUUGCUGUUGAACGCGGAUCCCAAGAUAUGGAGAUUGAAGAUGUGCUGGCUGUUUUGACUUCUUGUCCUACAUUAAGUAUUUGUGGUACCGUUAUCACAAGGUGCAGAAAGAUUCUCAAUAAACCAUUGCCUGCGAAUGAAAGAUUGCUGACAAACCAUCCUGAUUGGACGGAGCUGGAUGUUUUAAUUAGACUGGUAGGUUCAUUGUCGUUUGAAUCACUAUUAAUUGCCGAAGUUUACUUGCCCGAGAUAAUUUUGUUGGUAUCCUCUCUUAUUUACACUGGGCCAUAUUCGUUCAGAAAUGCAUUGUGCAAUCUUCUUGUUAAUGUGCUUCAUGCGUUUUCUUGUUGUGAUAGAAUAUCAUCAGAUCAGAGAUCACAUCUGAUUUCGAUUUGGGCAGACUUAACGUCAACGAAGGGCAAAUUGCUCUUUGGACUGAACGAUGAUAUGAAAGAUAUUAGCUAUGACUAUUUCAGCUUAGCAUCUAUAUCUCACAUCGAGAAUUUCUGCUUGAUCCUAAUGGAUAUUAUUGCCAGUGCGAGUCCAUCAAUUCAAAAGGCAAAUGUGUGGCGGUCGCGUUGGAGUAGUUUGGUAAUCAAUGCUUGUUUUGCUGACAACCCUUCAUUGCAGUGUAGGUCGUUUUUAGUUUUAGGGUCAUUGGCUAAGAUUGAGGUUGAAGAUGCUGUAGUAACUCAGGUGUUGAAGGUUCUAUACGACUCCUUAACUUCAACUAAGAACCAGAUGCUAAACGAAGAGUAUUGUGUAUGUACUCUCAUUUGUUUAACCAAGAUGAUGGACGGGCUAAGCGAUCAAUCUGCUUAUCAUUCAAGGAUGUUUUGGCUUGGAGUUGCCCUUCUUCAUUCACAAAAUUCGAAUCUCUUUAGCCAUGGUUUACUUCUUAUCGAAGCCAAUCUUCGAACUUUGGAUAACUUAGGUGCGUUCAAAGACAUUAGUAUUGCCGAGUUUCUGCUUGAAGGACGUCAGUGUUUUGAAAGUCAAUGGGGUCCAAUUCAGGAGUUAAUGGAUGUUAGGUUUAGCGUUGAGUACUUUGAUUUGUGUUUGUCGGCAGUUGUUUUGAAAGGCAUGGAAAAGGCAUCGACGAGAGUUGAUAGUCUGCAAGCCUUAGAAACGUUUCUUGAAAUAAGCUCCAAAAACAGUGUGAAAGUGCAGCAGAGUAACAAGUAUGCUUCCUAUCUCUGUUAUUUAUACUUUUUGUUCCUCGGUUGUAGAAGUCAGUCUGAGUUAAAAGAUCUUCUAUGGGUCGCCGGGUAUCCGGAUGACCACAUGAAUGAAGAACUUGUGAAUGAUAACGACCUUCCAGCUCUCUUGGAGGAAUAUAUCAGUCAAAACUCAUUUGACACGACGAUAGCACUUUAUUUAGGUGGUCAGCUUUUCCGAUCUAGCAGUGAAUAUGAUGUUUCUGGCCUGAGGUUUCUAGGCAGUUUACGGUUUGUAGGUGAGACAAAUCUUGCUAAAAAGUGCAUGGUAUAUGCUACUGUUCGUUCCCGACUUCUGAAACUCACUGAGUUCGGUAGUCAAAAACCAAUGAUGAAAAGUAUUCUGGCAGCAGGAACCGGAAUGUUGGUCAAUUAUGAGGAAUUCCGUAAGUUGGCUCAAUAUAGAGCGCAACUAGAGGAAAUGCUUGAGCAAAGUGGAUUCAAACCGUUACCAGAUCAUGAUGAGAACAUUGUGACCUCUUCUUCUGUCAGUACUUUUAGUCAAACAAAUGAAAUCGGAUCGGAUAUGAAGUCACGUCUAGCUAGUCUUGUCAAGGGAAUUAUUGUCAAGGAUUUAUGA